GACCAUAUUCUUGAGAUGGCAGUACAGCUCGCGCUCAGUGUUGGGUCUAGACUAGCGGUCUCGGCCAGAAGCACAGCAUUUUUAAAUUCUUUAAAAAAGGGAUUUUGCGUCGCUUCCUUCUCACACGCAGUGUGUUCAGGUUUCUUUAGAAGAGGAUUUAGUGACUUUUCUUCCUCUUCGACCGGUCGAACGCAUGUGGACUGGAAGGCUAAGGGGGAUGUGGCUGUUGUUCAAAUGGGUGAUCCGCGUGCGUUUGCGAACUCAUGGACAGUUCACAUGCAGACAGAGAUGAUGGACGUUUUAGAUGAGAUUUGUGAAAACGACGCAGUUCAAAGUGCUGUAGUGACUUCCUCCAAACCGGGCAGCUUCCUCGUAGGGGUCGACGUAAACGAGAUCCAGAAAUGUGAAACAAAGGAAGACGCACGUCUCCUCUCUCAGUAUUGGCAGAUGAUGAUGGACAAAUUUCAAUACUCCCCCAAACCUAUUGUCGCUGCUAUCGAUGGAUGGUGUGUUAACGGGGGGUUGGAGUUUAUCACGGCCUGCCAAUACAGAGUGGCCACGAAGAACCCAAUGACCAUUUUCGCCAGCCGUGAAACCAGGCUGGGUCUUAUGCCCAGUGCUGGAGGCACAGUAAGACUGACUAACUUGGUUGGACCUUACCGGGCCUUGGACAUGAUGUUGGAAGGUUACGCAAUCCGGGCAGAUGCGGCAAAGAAAAUAGGUCUGGUCCAAAAAGUGAUCGACACUCAGGAUUCUGAUUAUUUGGAGGAUGUAGCUAUAGACAGUGCUCGUGAAAUUGUUGACAAAAUAAUUCCACUCAUUCCACAAAGAAACAACUUGCUGCUGAAAACACAGGAUUAUUUUUAUAGCUUCCCAAAAGUUCGGAAGUUAAUGUUCGAGCACAUGCGGCAGAAAGUGAUGGACAAGGAAACAUUCUUUAAUGCACCCAUAAAAAUAAUUGAGACCGUAAAAACUGCGUUAGAGCAGGGACCAGUAGCAGGGUACCAUGCAGAAUCGAAGAACUUUGGCUUACUAGCAAAGCAAAGCGACACUAAAGCGCUGAUUAAACUGCACCAGGACCUAAUUGCAAUUUAUGAGGAGAAGUUAAUGCAAGAUAUGUAAAUUAGAAAAUAAAAGACUAAUAGUAAUGAUAUUACAUUUUGUUUAUAUAAAGAUUAUAUUUUAUUAUAUUUAGAUUUUAUAGAGAAAAUAAGUGAUUUUGUUUUUGUAUUUACUCUUAUAUAUGUUUUUUUAGACAGUUUAUAAGAGAUUAUAUGUUUAUGUUAUAAAUAUUUAAAAAUGUAUAAAUAUGACCAUUGGCGCAGGAACUGGGGGAAUAUUAGAAACAGGUGGAUUUGUCCCCCCCAAAAAAUGAUAUCAGUUCGCUCACAUCAGCCGUAAUAUUAAUGAGGAGACAGACCGGACCAAUCACAGAGCCGAUUCAGGUAUUAAGUCCCGCCUCUCAGUAGAAACAGCCAAUCAGCUUGCUGGUGGAGGAGAGUCAGUUUGCUGUUGGGGAAGCCCCGCCCCCUCGCUGUGAGAUUUAGCAGCGGGAUCGGGAUGCAGCAGCUUCAGCUGAUUUUAAAACAGAUCUGGAUAUACGGAGAUUUUUCUAAAAGAAAGGUAACGGUAGGCUAACCACGUAAACUGUGAUGAUAUGUUUCUGAUAGCUGGUUAAAAAAAAGACACGUCUCUGAAUAAAAACACACAGAUAAAACCCACUGUGAUUAAUAAACUGCAGCUGUGUUAGUGAGUUAGUUUAACUUCAAUUAGUUAGAUAAAAUAUAUAUAUGUAAUGUUCAACUUGCCCUGUACCUGAUCAGCUAAUCACUAUUUCAUUUUCAAACUUUAUUAAUUUAGUAUUACAGGACUUACUGUGAGCUAUAAUAAACGAAAAUUAAUUUAGCUAACUAGUUAUCUAGAAGCCGGAUAUAGUGGAUAGCCAGAAUGUAGUACUUUAUGUUUGUAGUUAAAGCAGUUUCUUAACCCUGAUCACUGCCCUAAAAUUGUGUUUUCCACCUGAUCCAGCUGAUCAGCUAAUAAACAGUAAUUUACUGAGUUUACCUGUUUAAAUCCUUUAGCCCCCUAUGGAGCUUAAAUUAAUCAGGCAGUGUAUUAAACACAUCAUACCACCACUUUAUUAAAUGCCUUUAAAGCAGAGAAGCUGUAGAAUAUGCAGAACAGUGUUAAUAUGCAGUAGAAUAUGUAAGAACUGGGUUGAGAAACACUGCUGUAACGUGACUUCUGUUCAUUUGUAGUUCACAGUAAGACCACAUGUCCUGACGUUUAUAAAAAUCUGUAUGCAACAUAAAGUUACAUUCUUUUACAUAAAAGGACACCAUCUUAAGAAAAGCUCUCAGUAGAAAAAAAAAGCGCAGGAGAAAGUGUAAAUAUACGACAGAAUUGACAUGCCAAUACAUAAUAAUAAUAAUAAUAAUAAUAAUAAUAAUAAUAAUAAUAAUAAUAAUAAUAAUAAUAAUAAUAAUAAUCAUAAUAAUAACCAAAUCUGUUAUAUAAUUUUAAAUAUUAGGUGAUAACUGAUCAUUUUUGUCAUAUGUAUAUAAUUCAGACAUGAAUUCAUUCAUGCAUAAUUUCUUCCAACAACAGUAACUGUAACAUGGAGUAACAUGUUUAGGUUGUAAAAUCACCUUAUAAUAAUAAUUUACUUUUAAUUAAAAGUAAUUUCCACAAAUGUUGUUCUAGGACACUUGCAAUAUUAUUUAUCAUUUAUUUAUAUUAGUUAUAAUUUUUCAUAGUAUUUUAAAGAUGGCCAUUUUAAAUAAAUGAUUUUUGAAUAAUUUGUUUCUUAUUAUAGGGUGGGCUUGGGUUCAUAUUGGCAAUAAUUUGUUUCUAAUUAUAGGGUGGGCUUGGGUUCAUAUUGGCAAAUGUGUCCCCCCCCAAUAUCAAGCCCGCUCCUACGCCCUUGAAUAUGACCCAUGCGCGGUAUACAACCGCGGUCUUGGUUUUAUUGGAUAACAAUUAGAUUUUCUUGUUUUAUAGGACUUUGAAAUCUGGUUUAUGCAAAAGCGAAUAGACAUUCUUCCUAAUUUUGGUAUCCAAUUACGCCAAGAGUAUACAGUAAAAUCACUUGAUAUGCAUGACAUGAUAUGCUGUGAUAUGAUAACAAAUUGAUUUGCUUAUUUAAUAUGACUUCAAACGUUUCCAAAACGUUACACUGUUCUUCAGAUAAGCGGUAGUCUUUCUGGUGUAUAUUUGUGGAUUAGACCUCGUUAAAUCAUAUUUAUUUAGGUGUAAAAAAGCGGAUGUCUUAUCAAGUCUUGUCAUUUAUUUGCCCUAAAAAAGGCCUUCAAAUCUUACUGUAAAUCCUUUGAAUUUAACAUUGUUUUUGUGUGCUUUUUGCAAUUUUAAUAUUUUCAUAAUUUUGUCUCUGGUGGUCUUAAAAAUCAUUUAUUUGCACAAACAGGGGCAAAGCAGCCUGGCA